UGACAUUCACGGGUGCCCUUUUGCCGUGUUGUUGAAGGCAGCAGAGGAGUCAUAUUUGUACCGAUACAUUUCUGUACUCUUCCCGGAAGACUGCAACAUGGAUUGACCACCCAACGACUGAGAGGACAACAAUCCUAAACAUUAAAAGUGAUUUAAAGAGGUGUGUCAGUAUAAUUAUGACCAAAGAAGAUGAAAUUCCUGAAUGGGUUGGAGCUCAGGACUUCUAUGAGAAGUAUGAUCCAAAGGAGAUCCUUGGAAGAGGGGUAAGCAGCGUGGUUCGACGUUGUAUCCAGAAGCGCACCACCCAGGAAUAUGCUGUCAAGAUAAUCGACAUCACUCCCUCAGAUAAGAUGAGCCCUGAAGAGAUCGAGGAGAUCAGAAAUGCCACAAUUAAGGAGAUUGAAAUCCUCAAGAAAGUCUACGGGCAAGAAAACAUCAUUCAGCUUAAAGAUUGCUACGAAACUAAAGCUUUCUUCUUCCUGGUGUUUGAUUUGAUGAGGAAAGGAGAGCUUUUUGAUUACCUAACCGAGAAGGUAACGCUCAGUGAAAAAGAGACAAGGAAGAUUAUGCGUUCCCUGUUGGAGGUGGUUCAGUUCCUUCACUCUCAAAACAUUGUCCACAGGGAUCUUAAGCCGGAAAACAUCCUUCUGGAUGACAAUAUGAGCAUUAAACUCACUGACUUUGGGUUUGCGGUCCAGAUGGCCCCAGGACAAAAACUUAACGAGGUUUGUGGAACACCAGGUUAUCUGGCACCAGAGAUUAUUGAAUGCUCUAUGGAUCCUCACCACCAAGGUUACGGGACCGCAGUAGAUAUCUGGAGUGCAGGGGUGAUCAUGUACACCCUUCUUGCGGGUUCCCCUCCAUUCUGGCACAGGAAGCAGAUGCUAAUGCUACGCAUGAUCCUAGCAGGAAGCUACCAGUUCGCCUCUCCAGAAUGGGAUGACCGUUCGGACACUGUCAAAGACUUGAUCUCCAGGAUGUUGGUGGUUAAUCCCGAGAAGCGUUACACUGCAAUAGAUGCCCUAAACCAUCCUUUCUUCCAACAGUAUGUGGUCGCAGAGGUGCGACAUUUCAGCCCAUACAGGAAGUUCAAGGUAAUCUGUCUGACAGUUCUGGCUACAAUGCGCAUUUAUUGCAACUAUCGGCGUGCCAAGCCAGUUACCAAGGAAGUGAUCAAGAGCGAUCCCUAUGCACUUAAACCUGUUCGCAAGCUGAUUGAUGCCUGUGCUUUUAAGAUUUAUGGUCACUGGGUGAAGAAGGGCCAGACACAGAACAGAGCUGCUCUGUUUGAGAACAGUCCAAAAGCAAUCCUGCUUUCUCUAGCAGCAGAAACUGAUGAUUCAUCAUUACGAAUGAUGUAAGAAAUCUACAGAAACUGAGACACAGUGAAUGAAAAAAACGAUCUAUCCUGGACAGUGUUUAUGAGAAACACUUUAAAUGUGUAAGGGUAUCAUUAAUACCUCAUGUCUUAUAAUCUAAAACAUGCUAUAUGUAAGGAAUAAUUGACUACGGGCCAUUGAAUUAUAAGAAAAUAAUGCACACCCUUCGCGGAGUGCCGUUACACCGCGGGUGUGCAUUAUUUUGAAAUAAUUCAAAGGACCAGAGUCAAUUAUUCCUCUUAUACCACGGUUACCACAAACAUUGCUCUGGUACCUAUUUUUAAGAAAUUUUAAAGGUUAGUUGUGCGGUUAUCAGAAAUUAAUGCAUACCCAUGGAACAUUUCUCAUCCAGUUAGAAUACAGCAUUCAACAGACCCGUAGUAUAAGGGAAUACAAAUGUACUUUUUGAUUUCCUGCAAAGCAAAUUUCAGUUUGCUCUAAAAAGUUGCAUUAUUGGCUUACAAUGUUAAAAUGUAGGUAUCAGGAGCCUUUGUAUUUUUAACUGAAAUAUUGUAUAUGCAUUAAACCUGGAUACUUGAAGUUCCCGUGCUAAUAAAGGUCAUGUUUUGAUUAUUA